GCUCUUUGACCUCCGCCCGCGGUUCCUCCGGUUGCGGCCUCACGGCCUCGGUCCUCCGAGACCCCCUGACGGGGUCCUCCGCGCUGCAAGGGGGCGCCCUCGUCCUCUCGGACGGCGGCGUCUGCGCCUUGGACGAACUCGAUAAACUUCCGCUUCCGGAACGGGCGGCGCUCUACGAGGCCAUGGAGCAACAGCGCCUCUCGGUGGCCAAAGCGGGCGUGGCCGCCAGGCUCAACGCGCGCUGCGCCCUAUUGGCUGCCGCCAACCCGCCUAUGGGGCGCUGGGACCCACGGAGACCCACGGAGAGCAACGUGGGGCUGGAGCCGGCGCUGAGCUCGCGCUUUGAUCUCGUCUGGGGGGUGAGGGACCGGCCCGCGAGGAGCAGGGACCUCAGCCUCGCCCACCACAUCACCUUCGUGCACCGCCACAACCGGGAGCCCCCCGGCGCCUUCCAGCCCCUGGACAUGAAGCUCAUGAGGCGGUACCUGGCCCUGUGCAAGCGGCAGCAGCCCCGGGUGCCCCCCGCGCUGGCCGAGCCCCUCACGGCCGCUUAUGUGGGGCUGCGCCGUGGGGCAGGGGGCGGCUUCACCUCCCCCCGCAGCCUCCUGGCCCUGCUGCGCAUGGCCACCGCGCUGGCCCGCCUGCGCCUGGGGGCCGUGGUGGAGCGCGAGGACGUGGCCGAGGCCGUGCGGCUGCUGGAGAGGAGCCGGGAAUCGCUGGAGACAGAACAGGAGCCGGGCCCACGGCCCCAGCGCCCCUCUGACGCCAUCCUGGCGGCGCUGCGGGAGCUGGGGGGCGGCCGUGGGGCCGUGCCCUAUAGCGAGGCCCUGGAGCGCUGUGGGGCCAAGGGCUUCACCCCGGCCCAGGUGCGGGCGGCCCUGGACGAGUACGAGGAGCUCAACGUGGUGCACGUGAACGCCGCCCGCACCCGCGUCACCUUCGUCUGAGCCCCACACAUCUGUGGGGCAGCCCUAUAGAUCUGUGGGGU